UUUGCAUCAACAGAAGGUGGAGCACAGCAAAUAUUUGCCAUCAAGAAAGAGAGCGGGAGCCAUCCUUAUUUUCGCAUUUGAUUAAGUUUAGCUCAGAAGGCCAAGGGAACACACCAUGGAAGCUCCGUUAGUAUGUAUUGUCAUCAUAUCGGUGUUAGCUUACACAACAGAUCAUGUGCGCGCUCAGGGUAUAUCUGCCUCGGAGAACCCAAUACCCGUGGGGACAAAUGUCACUCUUUUCAGCGACCACCCAGUCAACACAGGAGCAUGGAUUUUUAACAACGAAAUUUUGGUCUUACUUUUCCCUGGAGGGCAAAUCAUCACUCCCAAUUUUAUAGACAGGGUGGGAUUCAAUCCCAACACCUCAUCGUUGACUGUGAUUUCGGCCAGGCUGGAAGAUUCUGGGACAUAUUCGCUUCAGGAUGUGACUUCGGAUGCUUCCCAGUUAGAGCUGUCGGUUCAAGAGCCCAUUUCAAAUGUUAGCUUGACCACAAACGGCACUGACUUGGUGGAGAGUAAUGACACGGCGGUGCUUACCUGCGCUGCAGCCACGGGCACCUCUCUGCACUACACCUGGCUUAACGACACGUCGGAGGUAGUGUUCGACAGUUUUGUCCAGCUUAGCGCCGACAGCUCCCAGCUCACCAUCAUCCAGGUGACGCGGUACGACGAGGGACCGUUCAGGUGUAACGUGACCAAUGGCGUCAGCAAUGAAAUCAGCCCACCUGUAACAUUGAACAUCAGUUACGGACCUACAAAUGCCAUCGUUUCAGUCACUCCUGAGGUGGACACCCACAUAGAAGGCUCAAACAUAACCCUGUUGUGCUCAGCUGAGUCAAAGCCUGCAGCGACAAUCCAUUGGAUGGUAGAUGGGAUGGAUCUCAACCACUCUGAGGCAGAGCUUAAUUUAACAACGGCCACAGAGAGCCACUCAGGAGACUACCAGUGUCUCCUGUACAACUCUGUGACAUCCAGAUUCAGCAGUGCCAGUGCAAUGAUCAGAAUCAUAGCACCAAUAACAGCCGUGAUGGUGAACGACAUGGGCAUGGCGGCAGUGGCUGGGAUGCCCUUCACCCUUAACUGCCAUGUGAGCGGAGAAGCAGAAACGAUCCUGUGGUGGAUGAACAGCGACACGGUGUCUGCUGACAACACCACGAUCUUUGGUGCAGGGAACAAGACGCUAACUCUCCACCCAGUCUAUCCCUCUGAUACUGGCCUGUAUAUGUGUCACGCUUUCAACGCUGUGAGCAACAUGACCAGUGAUACAUACUAUUUGGAAGUUAACUUUGGCCCAGACAAACCAAUGAUCACAGCACCAUCUGUGGCCCUGACUGGAAGCGAGGUGUUCCUCAAUUGUUCCAGUACCUCCAAUCCUCCGAGUACAUACAGCUGGAGCUUUAAUGAUACCGAGGUGGCUACCACAGCAAAUUACCUGGCAGGACCGUUGACAUUAAACAUGAGUGGGACGUACACCUGCAUGGCCUUCAACAACAUAACCGGGAGAAACAGCAGCGCUUACCACAUGCUUACAGUCUUGGCACCGGUGACCAUGGCUAAUGUAACGGCACCAGCUACACAUCCUAUCCUGAACGGCACGUUUAAUCUUACCUGCGAGGCAGAGGGAAGCAUUGAGUCCAUUACCUGGAGGCACAAUGGAGCUCUGCUGUAUACAAACGGAACCAGGAGCCUUACCAUGAAUAACGCUACCCUCACCUUUGAGCCUUUGAUGCUUUCAGACAAUGGGAUUUACACAUGCGAAGCGUACAACCCUUUGAGUAACUUCACCAGUGAAAAUUAUAACCUCAACGUCAUAUUUGGACCCGGAGUGCCAAAUGUGACGAAACCUCUUGAGGCCCUGGAAGGAACCAGCAUCCAACUCAACUGCAGUGCCAUGUCUUACCCUCCAAGCCAGUAUACUUGGUUCUUCGAUGGCACCCCUGUGGCCAAUACCUCGGUGUACCUAACACCUGCUCUUAGCCAGAACAUGAGUGGGACAUACACCUGUGAGGCACGCAACACCAUCACGGGUGAAAACAGCUCCGCUGACACCAUGCUGACUGUUAUCGAGGAAAUCAAGGAUGUACGCAUCAAUGUUCCCACACAUCCUCCCGUGGAAGGAUAUAACUACACCAUGACUUGUAACGUGUCCGGGCCUGUUGACCAAGUCUUAUGGUUAAAGAACGGACAGUUGAUAGUCGCGGACGACAGGGUCAUGAUGUCCAUUGAUAACCUGACUGUCACUUUUGAAGAGCUGCACCGGAAUGAUACUGGACAAUACCAUUGCUAUGCUAUUAAUCGGGUUCAAACCAUGGCGAGCCAUCCUCACAUACUCGAUGUAAACUUUGGACCAGACACACCAUUGAUCAAUGGUGGUCCAUUGAUUGCUGCAAAGGGAGAAUCGGUAAAAUUCACCUGCUCUGCUGUGUCGCGGCCUGGUAGCCACUUCAGCUGGUGGUACAACAUGAGCCUUGUUGCCAACAGUUCAGUGUUGGCAAUUGACUCUGUAAUGCUAAACAUGAGUGGACAUUACACAUGCAAGGCCCAAAAUCCUGUGUCAGGGAAAAACAGCAGCAGUUCACUGAUGCUGCAAGUCAUUGAGGACAUCAAUUCGGUGAGGGUGGAACAAAACACUAUUCCCAUUGAAGGAGAAAACUUUACGCUCACCUGUGAGGUGGAUGGCCCUUACACAUCCAUUCAGUGGAGGAAGGACGAUGAGGAUCUCCCAUCAAACAAGUCCACCACCAAUCAUUCGCACUACUAUAUACAUGAGAAUCGGCUUCAUUUUGCACCCUUGACGCGAUAUGACGACGGAACAUACAUGUGCGUUGCCAGCAAUCUGCUUGGUCGUCAAGGAAGUCCCCCGUACGAGCUCCUGGUUAACUAUGGGCCAGUCAGCGUAACUAUCAUUGGGCCAGAUAUCUCUCCAACAGAAUUUGCCAUUUCCAUUGAGUGUGUCGCUGAUUCGCGACCAGAAAGCGAGUACCAGUGGUUUCUUAAUGACGCAGAGUUACCGUCCUUCACCGAGAGUCUCAUUGAAAUCCCGGUGGUGAAUUCCAACUUCACAUGCAAGGCCACGAAUCCAGUGACCAAUAUCACCAUGUCUAAGACCAAGUUCUUUAGUUCUGCUUCUGGCCUUAAUUGCCCUUCCCAAAAAAUCCUUGUGAUUGUAAGUGUUUUUAUAAUGUCUUUACCACUUCUCUUUCGCUGAAUGGCUCCAAAUUUUCCCUAAUUUUGCAUUUACACCAACAAUAAGAACACAAAGUAUGCAGUACUCAUUUUUUGUUUGAAGAGGCGGUCAAGCAGAAUUGACAUUUGUGACAAUCUGAUAGUCUGAAUUGUAAUUCGUGUUGCGUGUUUUGAUUAUUGCUGUUUUUGCACUGGGCAACUUUCAAAGUGGCACCAUUAUUUACUUGCUAACAAUCACCUCUUGCACUUUCCCCCCAGUCACAUGAGAUCAAACUGUGAGAAAAAUGUAUGAAUUCUUUAAUGGGUUGAUUUUUUUUUUUCAUUUUUAUUUAUUUCUUAAUCAAUAAAACUUUUAAGAUUGGUUGGUCCUUGUGCAGUGUUAUAUUGUGAAGUUAGAGCUGGGAAAUAAUAUCAUCUAUCGAUAUAUCGCGUUCCUUUAUGUCACGAUCUGAGUAUCGAUAUUUUAGAUACUUCUAAUGUGUUGCGCCAACCCAGCUCCGUCCACAAGCCAACAAACUAGAGAUGUCCCGAUCCAAUCACUCUCUGUCCUGCCUCUUUUCUUGGUACGUGCGCUCGAGAUUGUUAAACACUUGUGCUAGUGUGAGUGGCAAUUCAUUGCGUGUGUGUGAAAGUGAACAGCGUGAGCAGAUUUGAGUGGACUGACUCAAUGAAGCAUUUACUAAAGACAAGUAUUUUUCUAUGCUAUUGUUGUUUAAAAAUAAUUCAGUGGCACAGUAACAUGUUUAAAACAAAAAAGCACAGGAACAGUUGCUGAAACAGUUAAUGCACUUUGCUAUGUAGACUAAAGAGUAAAUGUCAAAUGGCAUCGAGUUUAAACGGAGAACCAUGGCUAGGUUCAUACUACAGGUUUUAAUACA